AUGGAUAAAUACUAAAUAUCCUCUACAGGACGAUUUUUGUAUGAAAAACAUGAACAAAAUUUCCGACUUUCUAAAUUUAGUGGUCUUUACUUAUUUCCAGGAAUAGUCAUAGUUAAGAUAGUGUUUUAUUGUAAUUAUAUCACAAUCAUAAGUGUUGUAUUGUCAUCAUAUUUUUAUUAUAAAAACAAGCACAAAUGGAGAUUCCUAAUCUAAGCUAUAUUAUAUAUUGGAUAAUAAAUUGAUAUAAACUAUAAUAGUAUAUCAUCUCAUAUUUUUACCUGCAUCACGAAUUUGAUUUUGGUGCCUUACUGGCCAAUGUAAGUAGUAUUUUAAAUUGGAAUCAUUAGACAAUUGAAUCAAGUCUAUUUGUUUUGUUUUUUUAUUGCCCUUUUGAGAGCUGUUGAAAUCCUAAAGAGAUUUCUUUAUUCCAAAAUAUGCAAUAUCAACUCACAUCAAUGUGAAUAGGACAGCAUUUUUCUGAAUCUACCUCAUCACAUUCUUUACUUAGACGAAAACAGCAAUGAAUUAUUUUCGAAUAAGUCAAUAAAGUUUAAUCAAGAAUCAGAAAACCUAAUAAGAGAUUAUAUUAAAAGGAAAUACUAUGGUAUAAUAUAAGUGGAGAAUUAAUAAAAGGAGACAAUCGAUUAUUACAUUAAGCCAUGGUAAGGAAAUUUCAUCUUAGUUCAGUCCUACUUUAGUAGUGAAGAGAAUUGCUUCUUCGAAUAAAUGUAUGAAUAGAUAAAUAAGUUAUAUGUGCAAUUAAAUUAAGAUUAUACGAAAUGGAACAAUUUAAGAGCCUUUCGAAUGAUUAAAGAGUCUGACUUAAGUGUUUUGGGAUAAUGCUUAUCAGAAUGUCUUCACUUAGAACAUUAAGUAAAAUCAAUAGCGAGUAAUUUCUAAUAAGACGUAUCACAGUUUUACUUAAAAGUUACUAUUUGCAAUAUUAUAGAUUUUAUGGUUCUUAAAUUGUAUGAUCAUUUUAAUAUUAUCAAUUUGAACUUUGAAAGUGGAAUUCCAGAAAUAGUGGCUGGAGAUAAAAAACUAUUAUAAUUCAUUUUGUAGACACUCCUAACAUCGACUUAAUUUUGUGAUAAACAAAAAGGUUAAUUGUCUAUUAAAUGUAUGAUUUAGCAAAUUAAUCAGGAGAAGUCAGGAUAUGAUCUUGAAUUCACUUUCAAUUUCACAUGUACACCAUCAGUAAUUAAAUUAUAUUCAUAAGUAUUUGGAGUCAACGAGAAUAAAUUAAAUCCUAAUGAAGAGUGGCUCAUACAUUGUUUGAAGAAGUGCAAAUAAUUAAUGAAACAAAAUUAGAAGGAAUUUAAUUUUUAAACUGAUGGUGACAAUGUGAUAAUAACAUUCACAUUCUUGAGUUUGAUAUCUAGUAAUAAACUUGAAUAAAUAUCGUAAUUUACUGAUCUCACAUUUACAAGAAGUGUGUUAGAUGAUUGUCACUAUUAAUGGAAGGAAAAAAAAGUGUAAAUUCUACCUACUAAAUUCAUACUGGAUUCACAAUCUAGAAAAAGUUUGCCAGCUAUUAAAGAAUAAUAGAAUGCAUCACCCUAAUUAAAAGUUUCCAUUGCAUUCCCUGAAAUUAGAGAUGAAAUAAUCCAUAUUUUAUAAACAACUUUAGAAGAUGCAAAAGAUAAAGGACUUCUAGAUAAAGUUAAUUUUGAUGAUUAAGAUAAUAAUGUUAAAUGCGCAUUCAGUGAAUAUGCAGAUAGCAUUACAAACUCACCACCAUCCUUUAUUACACCUUAAGUCUAGGGGAGGAAAUUGCAAGAUUUGGCAAAAGAGAAAUUUAAAAAUCUAUUGAAAGAGGUGCAGAAACUAAAGAAAAAAAAGAGACUUGCUAAAAGGAGCAAUAGAGUUGUGUUUCCUAGAAGGAAUGAUAAAACUUGUGAUCUUUAGAAUGCUCCAUGUUAAGUAAAUUUUCAUAAUUCAAUCUUAACCAAUAGAAAUAAUCGAGCUUAUUUAAAAUGGAGUCAUAGGUGCAAUAUUAUCUAACCUCCUAAAACAGUUCAUGAGAUUUUAUGUUAUAUUCCUGAAAUGAAAUUUUCGAAAGACAUAAUUCAUAACUUUGGAAAUUCUGCUUACGAUACAAUAGAAAUAAAAGAACCAAUUAUUUUAUUGGACAUUGCUGAUGUCAUAAGACUUUAUAAAAAAUAUUUGUAAUAAGGUAAAUAAUUCUAUUACAUUAUGCUCUUUGUCAAAAAACCUUAAGAAAUUGCAGAUUUUGCUGACAUUGUACAAAAGAACGAAUAAGAUAUAGUCUUAUAACAUCCAAAAUAUUAAUAGACAUAUUUAAUUGGAAUUACUGAGUAAUCAUUAAAACCUUCUCUCUACGCUUACUUAUAACAUAUAAUUCCAUUUGGGUAAUGGAGUACUGACAUCAAAUAAAUCAAAGCAUUUAUUGCCAAGCAAAGAGAAAUAAAUUGA